AUGAGUGACGUAGAAAAUGGCCGCAAUGGAGAAAUGGAAGAGCAAGAGGAUGAGGAAGUGUAUGCCAAUGAGCAGAAUGAAGAAACUAUUUCAAAGCUGCAAAAAAUCGUUGAAAUUUCGCCGAAAGAUUAUGGCAGUCGUAUGACAUUGAUUGAAAUCCUACGUCGAAAUGGUGAGCUUGAAGCAGUUCGAGAACAGCGGGAAGGCAUAUCAGCGUUAUUCACAAUGCCUCCCAAUUUCUGGUUGGAUUGGAUCGAAGAUGAAAAAUCGGCUGGAAGUAAUAGGGAUCUGAUUAAACGACUUUUCGAACGUGCAGUUCGCGAUUUUCACAGUCCCGAAGUUUAUCUGGAAUAUGUGCAGUGGGCUUGUGGCACAUCUCUUGAUUUUGCGAGAGAGAAAAUGGAAGAAGCUGUGGUAAAAAUAGGUUUACGAGCUGACUGUGCUUCUUUGAUUUGGAAUAUUUAUUUGGAUUUUGAAAAAAUGAUUCUAAAUUCGAUGAAUGGUGAAAACGAAGACAAGCAGAGGAAGCAUGUGGAAUCGCUUUACGGACGAUUGCUUAGUGUGCCACAUUUGGGUAUACAAGAAUCAUGGAAUGAAUAUAAAUCAUUCGCGGAGGGUAAGGAGUCGGACCAGUUUCGUAAAACAUUUGAGAGUGCAGCGAAACACGUGGCAGAUAUUAGUGAAUUUGAAGAGCGUCUGGAAGAUGCCACAGAGGAAAAUGAAAAAUUAUCAGUUCUAAUGGAAUAUAUAGCCUUCGAAAUGCAAAUGAACGAUCCAGCAAGAAUUCAAAUGAUUUUUGAAAGAACACUUUGUACAGUUGCUGCUUCUCCAAAUUCUGAUCUCUGGUUGCAAUAUGGUAAUUGGCUGGAUACUUCGUUGAAAUUGCCACAGGUUUCUGUAGACGUAUACGAACGUUCUAUACGUCAUGCACCAUGCUCAACACUCUGGCAGCAAUAUUUUUCCGCACUCGAACGAUCAAAUGCCUCUCCUGAAGAAAUAGAUGUCAAAUGGGCAGAUGCUCGAAGUACAAUAACAACACAAGACGAAGGAUUAUCUCUUUAUCGUACCUAUAUAUACCUGCUUCGACGACGUGUUGCCAAGCAAGGUAACGGUGAUUAUACAGUUGUGUUAGAAAAAUUCGACGAAGGUGCAGCUUUUUUGGCCGAAAAAUUUGGACCUCAUUGGGACAGUCCAAAAGGUCAUUAUCGUAAAAACCAUGCCCUCUUUUUAUAUACGUCGGUAAAGCAGCCUGAGAAAGCUCGAAAAAUCUGGAAUGAUAUUUUGGCAUCGGGAAGUGGUCACUUUGCAGCGGCCUGGAUUGAAGCUUCUAAUUUAGAACGUUUUUUUGGUGAUGUUAAUAUCGCUCGUAAACUACUUUACAAAGCUAUCAAUUCAGCAAGCGAUCAUCCAUAUAUGGUCUUUGAUGCUCUUAUUCAGUUUGAAAGAGAAGUUGGUACUAUCGAAGAGCUGGACAAGGCGCUGGAAAAGGUUAACGCUCAAGCAGCUCGGAUUUCAUUGAGACCGCAAAAGAACAAAGUGGAAAAAAGUAAAAAGAGGAAGAAGGAAAACGAUGAAAAUGUUGAAGUCAAAAAAAGGAAAGAGGAUGUGAAAGAAAAAGAAAAGAAAGUCAUAAUGAAUAAGGAUGAGUUUUUAAACGACACAGCAGAAACUACUGUAAAAAUUCAGCGAAAGAAUGAGGUGAUAAAUAUCGAUAAAAAGCAGGUGGAUGGUGAUGGUUUUAUAGUUCCGCAACUUCCUCUACAGUUACCGAAGUCAAAAAUAACAUCAGGUCAAGAUGUCAGUUUAGAAGGAACAAGCAAAGAAGCUUCCGAAAAGCGUCAUACUAUAUUUGUCUCUAACCUCGAUUUCAAGUUGCCAACAGAAAGAUUGAAGGAAGUGUUUCCGAAUGCGAAAGAUGUUCGGCUAGUCUACCGGGGGAUGAGCAAAUUGCACAAAGGAUUUGGCUACGUAGAUUUCUCAACUGAACUAGAAGUUCAAGAAGCUUUGAAAAUGGAUCGAAAGCAGAUUGACGGCAGACCGAUGUAUAUUUCAGAGUAUAAACCGCAUGAUAAAGGAAAAAAUGCUGAAUUUCGUUACAGUACAAGUCUAGAAAGAAAUAAAAUUUUUGUUAACAAUGUCCAUUAUGAUGCUACCGAGGAGCAACUUAAGGAAAUAUUUACAACAUUUGGUAUAAUUCGUGAUGUUCGUAUUGUGACACAUAAAUCUGGUAAAUCGAAAGGUUGCGCAUAUAUAGAAUUUGAAAACGAUGACGAUGCUGCGGCGGCAGUGAAAGCUGGCGAAGAUCUUAUUCUUUUAGAGCGAAAAUUAUCAGUUGCGAUAAGUAACCCACCGAAGCGAAAGGAGCAACUGCAGCGGUUAUCAUUCAAUACAACUAGUUCUUCGCAUCAACGAAGCAAAAUAGAUUUGAUACCGCGAACAUUGGCAAAAACCGUAAAACCCGUCAAAUCAACUGACGAUAACCGUAAUAGUGGCAAUGACCUGGGAGUUUCAGUCAAAAGCAUGUCUAAUGAGCAAUUUCGAUCUUUUUUGAAAUGA